AUGGGCGGCGGGCACAGGCAGGGCGCUUGCGCCGGGUCGGCGCUGGACAGCUCGUGGACCUUCCAGGCGCAGCUGCGGGCGCUUGCCACCGUCGGCCCGGAGGACCUCACCUUCCGGGAGGCGUCCGUGCAGGACGUCAGUGACCGUGGGCGCGAGAAGGCCGCGGCGCGCCUGAAGGGGGCCUUCCAGGAGGUGUUCCCCCGCCCGCCGUCCCCGGAGCGCGCCCCCGCGGCGAAGCGGCCGCGCCACGCCCCCGCGGCGCGGGGCGAAGCGGACGACCCGCGGCUGGAGGCGGAGGUGCGCCAUGCCGUGAGCGACAUCGUUACACAUCUCCGCCUCCUGCGAAAGGAGGGCUCCGGGAGGCCCGACCGCGGCCGCGACGAGAUGUUGCUCCGUGCGAUGAGGCAGUUGGAGUCCCUCCCUGUGAGCGUCAGGUGCCUCAAGGCCACGAAGGUCGCCCUCGAACUGAACGACCCCUGCUGGCGCACCGGGGCCUUCUCCGCGGAGGUCCGCGAGCUCGCUGCGGGCCUGGUGCGCGGCUGGCGCGCGAUGUUCAAGGCGGAGAACCCCUCUGCCCGGUCGAGCAGCGGCGCCUCGAGGAUGUCCGAGGCCGCCUGGGCGGUGAAGUGCCAGAACGUGUCCAUGGACUUGGAGGGGGCAAUCUACGGGCUGCAGCAGAGGUCCGACCGCUACCACGAACUCGUCGCGGUGCUGUGCAAGUUGCUGCAUUGGGACCACGAGGCGUGCAGGAGUCUGUUGGCCAGCUCAAGGUUCGCAAAGGACCUCGCCGCCCGGGCCGAGAGCGCGGUGCGGCACCGGCGCGUGGCCGCCCUCUCGGCGGCGUGA